AUGGCAACUUCUAAUCUAUCAACAGAUGAACUUCACACCUUUAUCAGUGAUCAGGAACUAGAAAUCUUCUGCAUUGUCUGGCUGGAUAAUUACACGGACAAUACUGACAGCCGACAUACAGAACAGCAACUACGUUCUGUUAUUAAUCGUCUCAAGAAGUUUCAAGAUGUACAACAAUGUAAAACCUACAUUGAAGAGCGAUCACCAACCGAUAGGCUAAUAAUGAUUGUUAGUGGUCGACUAGGACGAGAAAUAGUUCCUUUAAUUCAAAAAGUUCUACAAGUGAUAUCAAUUUAUGUUUAUUGUAUGGACAAGGAAGGUAACAAAGAAUGGUCAAGCAAAUUCGCAAAAGUGAAAGCUGUAGUGGUAGAUCUUGAUGAGCUCGUCACUCGAAUAAAAGCUGAUCAUAGAAUUCAGAAAAACGUAGAAGAACCAUUGUCAUUGAACUUCUUCACUACAGGAAAAUCAGUAGGUGGUAUCAAUGGUAAAUUUGUUUAUUCUCAAGUACUUAUUAAUUGUCUUUUACGGCUAAAAUCGACUCAAAUAGAUAAGAAGGAACUCAUUCAAAUAUGUAAAGAUGUGUAUAAAGGUAAUAAUUUUGAGCUGAGCAACAUUCGUGAAUUUGAACAACAAUAUUUAAGCGACAAAGCUCUAUGGUGGUAUACACGAGAAACGUUUUUUUACAAGACUCUCAAUGCAGUCCUACGUAAUGAAAAGAUUCAUAUUAUAUUUUUGUUUCGAACAUUCAUCUUCGAUAUUCAACAUCAAUUGCAGCGCAACCAAGUUCAAAGUUGUGUACAAGUAUAUCGAGGACAAGUGAUAUCAAGCGAUGAACUGGAAAAUUUAAAGAAAUCCAUUGGUCAAUAUAUUUCGGCGAAUUCAUUUGUUUCGACAACUACUGAUCCGCAACAAGCUCGUCGCUUUCUCAAUAUGCCUGAUUCUACAGGCAAAUUAGAGUUAGUCCUAUUUGAAAUUAAUGCCGAUCCAAGGGUAGUUACCACAAAACCGUUUGCCGAUAUCAGUAAAUUUAGUGAGUUUCCUGACGAAUCAGAAAUACUCUUUAUGAUUGGUUCCAUUUUUCGUGUGAACAGUAUUAAUCGAAGUGAUGACGAUCAAGUAUGGAUUAUUCGAAUGGAGCUGUGUAGUGAGAAUACGAAUGUUUUCGAAGAAGUUCUUGCGGAUAUGAAAAAGGAAUACUGUAAUGAAGCAACAAAUUUUCAUACAUUAGGAAAGCUUCUAUGGGAGAUGAAUGAACUUGAUUUAGCUGAAAAAUAUUUUACUCGAUUCUUAGAACAGUUAUCAUCAAAUGAUCCGUUACUUGGUGAUCUUUACCAGGAUCUUGCAAAAAUCGCAGCACAGAGUAAAAAAAUGGACAAGAGCAUGGAAUGGCGCCAGAAAGCGAUAGCAUUCAAAAAACAAAAUCAAUUAAGUAACACUAAGUCUAAUGAGCAAAUCAAAUGGAAACAAUACGGAGUUAUCUCUGUGGGUGGAAACGGACAAGGCGAUCGAUUAAAUCAACUCUCUCACCCUUCUGGGAUCUUUAUUGAUCAUCAUAACAAUAUUUUCAUUGGUGAUUGUUGGAAUAAUCGUAUUGUUGAAUGGAAAUGUCAUUCGAAUAAAGGACAAAUCAUUGCUGGGGGAAAUGGAGAAGGAGACAAAAAUGAUCAAUUGUUUUGUCCAACAGAUGUUCUUAUUGAUCAAAAAAAUAAUUCUUUGAUCAUUUCUGAUUCGAACAACAGACGAAUAAUUCAAUGGUUUCGUCAAAAUGACAUAAAACAACAAGUUCUCAUCUCUGAUAUCAAUUGUCUUGGUCUGUCAAUGGAUAAAAAUGGAUUUAUUUAUAUUUCUGAUGAAGAGAAAAAUGAAGUGAGACGAUGGAAAAAAGGAGAUGAAAGAGGGACAAUUGUUGCAGGUGGAAAUGGGAAAGGAAAUCAUCUCAGUCAACUUAACGGUCCUAGUUUUAUCUUUGUUGAUAAAGAUGAUUCUCUUUAUAUAUCAGACGAAAAAAAUCAUCGUGUGAUGAAAUGGAGAAAAAAUGCAAAGGAAGGAAUUGUUGUUGCUGGUGGAAAUGGUGAAGGAAGUACUCUUAAACAAUUGUCUCAUCCACAAGGAGUGAUUGUUGAUCAUUUGGGUCAAAUCUAUGUGGCAGAUCUGGGAAAUGAUCGAGUCAUGUGUUGGUGUGAAGGAAAUGCAGAAGGUGCAGUUGUUGUUGGUGGGAAUGGAAAAGGAGAAGAAUUAAAUCAAUUGAACUGUCCCACUGGUUUAUCAUUUGAUGAUAAAGAGAAUCUUUAUGUUGUUGAAGAGGCGAAUCAUCGAAUAUUAAAGUAUGAAAAAUGUUUUGAUUAA